UUGGUACAAAAGUCAGCAUUGUCAUGGAUAACAGAGCAUGUUGCUUGUUCCAUUUCACUGAAUGCAUCUGACCUGGGAAAUUUACCAAGAAAGAGCUGAAAGCAAAACAUACACUGAUUAUUUCCUCUAAGGUUGUCUCAUCUUUUGACUAAAACCUUCAGUGAUCGUAAUAAUUUGAAAGACUGUAAAAUGGAAAUAUGUUACACACAUUGGCUUUUACUCAAAUCAAAAAUAAAGCCUCAUAAAGCUCUUAAGAACUUACUCUGUUAGCAUUGUGGCUGUAGAAAUGGCAGCUUUUGGUUGUCUUACCAGUUGCCAUAAAUGUGCAACAGAGAUCUAUGAGUCCUGAUGACUUUGGUGAAACCCUGGCUAUUUAUAUUGACACAAUCUAGUUCAAAUAUCAUUUAGUCCAAUGCUUCGGUGUCUGCAAACUAACUUGAUUUGUGUUCAGUGCUAAUUAUCAAAUGCCAGCGUGCUAACUCACCAUAAGGAGACAACAAAAUCUAAAAAGGAAAUAGAUUUAGACUUCUCUAUCUGAUUCUGUGCUGUUCUCUUCUUCUAACUUUAACAUAUUUGAUCUAGUUCAUCUCAUAAAUCCGAGCAUGCAAAAACAGCCGUUUGUCAAACAUCGCAGCAGGCCGCAGUGGUGAAGACGAGUUGUUUCAGGUCGCAGUGAGACAGUGAAAUUCAACUGCAGGAAGUCCAGUUUGAAUGGCUUGCUUUUACAGCUCUGGAGUUCACCUGAGAUAAAUGACUUUAUCCUCCAUCACUGUGAUCAUGAGAUAAACAGCAGAAAUACAACAUUCGGUUUACAACAUAAUCUACCGGGAGCGUGUGCUUGCAUGCAUUUUAUUGGGCAAGGCAGCAAAGGAUGUUGCACUGCAGCACAAGUCAAAAAGUCUGAGCUUUGCAUUAUGCAUAGAGGAGUCAAUUUAGUGAAGAUAGCAAAACAUUUUAGAGGAAGCAAAACAAAUAUACUGGUGGUAGAUUUUGCACAUCUGGCUUCUGAUAACUUCAUCUGUACAGCCUGUGUCUCCAGCUUUCUUUCAUACAUGUCCUCUCUUCAUCUGUUUGACAUUAUUCUAAGUGGAAGCCACGAAAGCCUUCCUUUUGAAAUUACCUCUCUGAAGAAACUGAGAGUUUCACAACUUGUGAUCAGAUGAAGCAACCUCUUCAAACUGCAGAGUACGUAUCUGAGCUGAACUCUCAAACAGCCAAGGCAGGUUAAUCCAAUGAAGAAGCGAGCCUCCGGAUAUUCUCUAACCCCCCCACCUCUGCCGUCAUCCCACGUUAGACUUUGUCUGUGCAUGUAGAGUCGGUCCAAAUAAAGGAAGUGAUGCAGGUGGAUUUUUGGAAGGAAAUGCUUCUCAUUAAAAAAAAAAAGUCUUUGGUUCAUUGAUUGGUUGCGAAAAUCUUCUCAGUGGUUGACAGAAGAGUAUAUAAGAACAAGAAAAGCGUGUUGUUGGUCACAUUGCAAAGAGAAGAAACUGAAAUCAUCACAUCAGCACAAGACAAGAUGCUUACACAGAGACAGACAUACCUGGAGAAGGCUCUCCUCUUUGCUGUGCUGCUUCUUCUGACCUCAGCAGGUCAUUCUGAUUCUGCAGUGCUCCAGACCACAGCAACUCCUCCUCUUCCAUCAGAUUCACCUCUGACCACGCAGCUCAGCAACAGCAGCAUGGAAGGACCACGAGUCCAGUUUCUACACACACCAUGUGGCAGCGAUCAUGACAAUUUCUGUAGCAACGGUGGCCAGUGUGUGUUCCCCCAAGACAGCGUCGAGCCCUCCUGCAUCUGCACGUCCUCCUAUGGCGGGCCCCGCUGCAUGUUCAUUACUGAAGAAACUUAUGUUCUGCCCGAGAUAGAGGAACUGAUUGCCAUCGGCUUUGGAGUAGUCAUGCUCAUCUUUUUCCUGGCCAUUUUGAUUUACUGCAUCGCCCUUAAGAGGUGUAGGGAGUCAGCACCACUAAUAAAAUCUGCACCAUCUGAAAUUUCCGUGUGACUUCUCCUCCGUUUUCAUUGUCACCUGCUGGAAAAACCCUAACACUUCAUCAUACUGUGUAAUAAUCAUGUCAUUUCAAUGCUGUGAAAGGAGGAAAAUCUGGAUGACCUGAAAGCUGUAUCACACCUGAAUGGGAGGGGAUAAAUAUUUAUUGUAACUAUUAAGUUAUUUCAGUUUUCAAUUUAUUUAAAGUUUUGUAAUAAAUAUGUGAAAAAGA